AUGGCUCCAAUGGUAGAUGUUAUCAGACUGGUAGACACUGAAGAGAAACCUUCUAUGGGAUAUAUUUACAAGGCAAUGGAUAUAUGCAAGGAGAAAGCAAGCUGUCAGAAGAUCUUUGAAGAGGAGUCUAAGAUCCUAGCUGAACUUGUACCGUGUCGCACUAGGAGAGGGCGACUAGGAAGAGCCAAUGCCAUAGCUAGUAUCCAGUCUAUUGCACCUGUUGAGUGGUGGAUUACAUUUGGAAGUGAGAUUCCAAACUUGCAAAAGUUUGCGAAAAGAGUUCUUGGACUUACAACUUCAGCUUCCCCAUGCGAAAGGAAGUGGAAUGCGUUCAACAAUCUUCAUACGAAGAAAAGGAACCGUUUAGACCAUGCAAAGUUGAAUGAUCUUGUGCAUGUUCAAUAUAACAAGAGACUUAGGAAGCGUUUCGAAGAACGCGUAAUGGGGUCUGAGGUAGAUCCAAUUGUGCUGAAGCCAAUGGAAGAGUGUCAAGAAUGGCUAGAUCCUCAUGAUGCUAGAGAUGACCCUGUAGAAGGAACAGAUUUCACUUAUGGAAUACUUGAAGACGCUGAAGGAAGUGAAAAUGAUGAGCAUCCUCCUCCUCUUACUCGUCAGCAAACAUACAAACGACGUCGCACUAAUACAAAUGCCACCAGCCAACCAGAAUCAUCAUCAAGGGAAACAACAACAUCGGCAAAGACAACCACUCGUGCUCGUGCUCGUUCAUCACAAGUUCAGUUGGAUGACUCCGAGACUGAUGAGGAUGAAGAUAUUUUCCUUACCACUGAUGAUGAAGACUUCAAUGAUGGCAUUAGUUCUAGGGAUGAAGAGGACCUAUGGGGAAACUAA